AUGGCUCAAAGAGCUGACAGUGACCUGGCUCACUUAGCAAGUGGGUGCAAUUCUGAUGCUAAUUCUAACUCGGGACUGGAUAGUGCCUCUCAUUGGGGCAAAGGUGAGAAGAAGGUUAGUCGGGGAAACUCAGAGGCAGUGAUACCCAAAGACAAGGAGGAGAGACAUGUUAAGAUUAUAGGGAUGGUCAGAUCUCCUUACCCCAACGUCCGCAGAAAGCCUCCUAGUCGGGCUGAUGUGACAGUGGACUCAAGUAGUGACAAUGACAAACCAGAGGUUGAUGGUGGGCGCUCUGAGGGCCCACACAAGCAGCUGCUGCUCAAGAAGCAGCAGAGAGUUCUGACUGGAAGGGUCCGCCGUACCCUUACAGUCUCCCAUGGUGAAGACAGUUGGGCAGCUUUCCCUGAGAGCAUAGUAAAGUCCCGUGGGAUAUUCUCUACAUUUCGGCAGCACAGUGACUAUUCUGCUGAGAUUGAGGACUACCCUGGAGAGCAGGAGGGACCACCUAGCCGCGCAAGCACGUUGUGGGGUGCCCAGAUUCCAGACGUCCCCCCUAAGUGGAUGUCUGCUUUGUACUUUAGUGGACAGAAGGAACAACUGAGGGUCAAUCCAGCAGCUGGUAUUGAGCUUCCUCGGGCUAAGUUCAGUGUUGAACUGUGGGUCAACCCAGAGGGUGGGCAGACUAACCCAGCCAUCAUAGCAGGGGUUUUUGACAACUGCUCCCACUCCUUAAGUGAGAAAGGAUGGUCCGUAGGUAUUCGCACAGUAAAGCCCGGUGGUAGAAAAGAUGCCAGAUUCUUUUUUACACUCCGUACAGACCGAGCUCCCAAAGCUACGACUGUCUAUGGGCAUCAGCGCUACCACCCUAACUCCUGGACUCACCUGAUGGCCAGCUACAAUGGCCACAAGAUGAAACUCUACAUAGAUGGUGCCAAGGUUGGGGAGAGCAGUUUGCAGUCUGGUAACCUCUACAGCCCAUUCAUGGAGACCUGUCGAACACUUCUUCUAGGUGGGGACCAGUCAGACCUUGGGCACAACUUCCGAGGGCACAUCGGAGGCAUUGUGUUAUGGGUGCUCCCUCGCACUCACGAGGACCUCCUUAAAGGGCCUUCUAGGAUUGAUAAGAGGGAACCAAACCUCGCUCUCUGGGCGGACUUCUCCGAGGUAGAGCAACAGUGGAGUCCUCAUAAGGAGGGCUACCACCCAUCCAUAGUCAUCAUCCCUAUCCCUGAGCAGGAGAAUGUGUCCCCCUUUCUGCCCCCUCCCUGUGGAUUAACAACCUGUGACAACACAGACAUCAUCCUCGGCUACAAUAACCACUGGCAGCUGCGCACAGAGAAAAGGAUCCGCUACCGCAUUGUCAACAUCUGUAACGAUGACGGAAGUCGUCCCACUGUCUCUCAGGCCCAGAUCCAGAUGCAGCACCAGGCACUUGUCGAAGCCUUCCGGUCCUACAACAUCAGCUUGGAGCUGAGCACGCAUACUGUCCAGAACACAUCUGUACGCCAGCGCUUCAUCCUCAGCAACUGCCGGAUCAGUAAGAUUGGUAACAGGCACUGUGACGCGGAGUGUGACCACCCACUGACGGGCCACGAUGGUGGGGACUGUCUGCGUCUGGGGCCCUGCUACAACUGGAAGAGGAGGGACGGGGUCUGCAACACAGAGUGCAACAGCAUCCACUACGACUACGAUGAUGGAGACUGUUGUGAUCCUGAGGUCACGGAUGUCCUGAAGACAUGCUUCGAUCCAGAGUCCCCAGAUAGAGCCUAUAUGAGUGUGAAGGAACUGAAAGAGUUGUUACACCUGAGCAGCACAGACACCCUAAAUGUUUUCUUUGCCAACAACUCAGCCCGUGAAGAGUUAGCAGGGGCUGCAACCUGGCCAUGGGCAAAGGAGGCCCUCAACCAUCAGGGUGGAAUGGUGAUGAAUCCAUCAUACUUUGGCACCAUCGGACACAAUAACACAAUGAUCCAUGAGAUGGGCCAUAUCUUUGGACUGUACCAUGUCUUCAAGGGGGUCAGUGAGCGGGAGUCCUGUGAUGACCCCUGUCAGGAGACCACUCCCUCCAUGGAGACAGGAGACCUAUGUGCAGACACAGCCCCUACACCCAAGUCUAAGGCCUGCCACGACCCUGGUCAUGUCAAUGACACCUGUGGGAUAACGCUCUACCAGGACACACCGUACAACAACUACAUGAGUUACACAGAUGAUAACUGCACCAACCAUUUCACACCAAAUCAAGUGGCUCGGAUGCAUUGUUAUAUGGAUCUAGUCUACGAGAACUGGCUGAACAACAGAAGGCCCUCCCCCAUCCCUCUCAAGCCCAUGGUGAUUCGACAGAGCUCAGACUCGGUCUCCAUUCAUUGGCUGCCACCUGUAAGGGGGCCACUUCAUCAAAGUUCCCCUACAGUGGAUAGUGUAAACUGCAGGGACUGUGAGGCAGACGGUGUGUUCCAUCAGUAUGCCUAUGAGGCCACAUCGCCCCGGGUCUGUGACUCCUCCGGAUACUGGACACCUGAAGAGGCUAUUGGCCCUCCAGAUGUAUACCAGCCAUGUGAGCCCAGCCUACAGGCCUGGAGUCCAGAGCUCAGCCUGUAUGAUGCCAAUGUGACGUCUCCCUGCCCUGAAACCGAGGGCUGCGUCCUGAUGCUGCGCUUCCUCCACCCUGUGGUCCCUGACAGCCUCACUGUGUGGGUCACAUACGUCUCAGCCGAUAACCAGGCGAUCGCCAACAUCGAGCUAAUAACAGACACAGACGAGUCUCUUGACAUGGGUCCACAGCACGUCUUCUGUGAUGUGCCCCUCACUCUACGCGUGCACACCGAAAAAAGGGUGGCAGCUGUCAAACUGAGCACCUUUGAUGAGAAGAUGGAGAUUGAUGCUAUCCUGUUCACUUCUGGCCCCCACAAUCCUCUCUGCUCCAGUUGCCAGCCUCUGAUCUACCGAGUUGUCAGGCAACCGGCGUUUUCAGGCGAUCUGGUCCAGCAAACUCUGCUUACAUUUACAGACAGGUCCUGUGUAGACGAUUUCUUCAUAAUCACUGGUACCAAAGGACUCCUCAUCAUCAUCAGAUCUGGACAUGACUCCUCUUGUGUGCCUGCCAGUUCUCUCUGGAUCUCAACUUUCUCUUCACAGUCGCUGGCGGAGGUUCUUGACAUACUCAGAGUUGGUUCUGGCACCAACUCCAUGCGGCUGAAGUCCAAGGACAAGAUUGAUUGGAAGGAACCUGACACAUGCAAAGUUAAGAGCACGAUCAAACCCAAGAUGGCCUACCUCAUUGUGAACUCCCUUUAUAGCUCUGGCUCUGUACUUCUUAGAUUGAAUGUUUUGAUGUGUUCCUACAGCGACAUUGUAAAGGACAAGGAAUACCAGUACAGAGUUCAGGUGGAAGCAGACGGUCUCCUCAGUGAGCUCUCCCCACCUCUCCUCUACACCCAUGGAGCUGCCUACUGCGGAGAUGGACUACUCCAGGGGACAGAAGACUGUGAUGAUGGCAAUCUGUUGGAUGGUGAUGGCUGCUCUAAGAAGUGCCAUAUGGAGUCAGGCUUCAAUUGCAAUGAUGAACCCAGCCUGUGCUACGUGUUUGAGGGUGAUGGUGUGUGUGAGGUGUUUGAGAGGGGCUCCAGCGUACAGGACUGUGGUUACUUCACCCCUCAUGGGUACAGUGACCAGUGGGCUUCAACCGCAGCAGCUUCCUAUCAGGAUCAAAGCAGCUGCUCUGCCCUGGGAGCCACCGGAGAGCCCUCACUUAGCAAGCUAUGCAAGCCCCAGUACCUGGAGAUGAAUGAGAAGCCGUCACUUGACAUAUGGUUUCCAUGCACGGCCCAGUCAUACACUCAGACCCACUAUGGCGAGGAAGAUACAGUAUGGCUAAAGGUGGGAUUUGCGCAACCUGGAGUUGCCACGUCUGUCAUCAUCUAUCUGGCCUCAGACGGAGCCUGGCCUGGAGAGCAGUGCAGGAAAACAGUCUUCAUCCAACUGUGUGAUACUGGUGGCAGAAACCACUCCUUGGGUUCCUUUGAGCUGUCGUGCCAACAGAAUCCCUUGGUGGUGAACGUGACACACAACCUGAGUCAAUCCUUCUUCCUGACUACCGCUGUCAUCCUCAACUUCUCCUCGCCCUUCGUUGCCGUGACGGGAGUCGCUCUGCGCACAUCAUGUCACUUCAGCGCCUUUGCCCUCACUAGGUGCGCUGAGGAUUGA